AGACACGUGCUUCAAAUUACAAUGAGGUUCUCGUGAAUAACGCAUAUAAGUAUAUUAGUAUAUAUAUAUACUUCAUAAUGUGCCAUUAAUACCUUAAUUAUAUCAUACCGAAAAUGGAGAUGAACCAAGAGGAGAACAUAGGAAUACAAGGCAGAGUCGUAGCCGUGACUGGUGGGUUGGGUUUAGUCGGUUCCAACGUAUGCCUUGAGCUGCUCCGGCGUGGAGCUCUCCAGGUCCGCUCCUUAGACUGUCGCAAAACCUCUCCCUGGUCCGACCAUCUCACAGAAUCGGGCGUCCACUGCAUAAACGGAGAUGUUGUGAGUAUAGAGGACGUAGAAGAGGCUCUUGACGGAGUAGACUGUGUGAUUCAUCUAGCUUCGUACGGUGGUUCGGGUAAGGAAAUGGUUCAGACUCGUCGGAUAGAGGAGGUCAACGUCGAAGGUACUCGUAACGUUUUGGAAACCUGUGUGAAGAAAGGGAUCACGAAGGUUGUGUAUUUGAGCUCAAACGGUGUCGUUUUCGGUGGAAAAGAGAUUGAGAAUGGAGAUGAAACUCUUCCUUGUUUAUCUUCCAAUCAAUACGUCGGCCCGUAUGAUCAGACUAAAUCUGUUGCUGAACAGUUGGUUCUCAAGAACAACGGUCGUAUUGUCGAGACUAGGAGUGGGCAUGGAAGUCUUUUAUCUACGUGUGCGAUUCGUUGUCCACUUGUUUACGGACCUGCUGAAGAGAAGUAUCUUGAUAGGCUAAUCUCUGAUGCAAGAUUAGGUUUAUUACUCUUCAAAAUCGGCGAUCCAAACUCGAAAAUCGACUGGAUUUAUGUGGAUAACAUAGUACUAGCACUCAUGUUAGCGACCACCGGUUUAAUGUCUAAAUACUCAAAAGUUGCUGGGAAGGCCUACUUUGUUUCAGAUGGUAGUCCUAUAAAUUUCUUUGAGUUUCUCCAGCCACUACUGAAGAAUUUAGAUUAUGACCUGCCCAAGUCAUCGCUAUCUAUUCCACUUGCGGUUUCACUCGGAAAUAUAUGCAAAGCUAUAUACAUAAUGCUAUCUCCAUUGCUGAACCAACGGUGGAUUCCACAACCACUGAUUCUUCCACCAGAAGUUUAUAAGGUGGGAGUGACUAACUACUACUCGAUCCAGAAAGCCAAGGAAGAACUAGGUUACGAGCCCAAGACACAUCCGGAAGAAGCCAUGACCGAAACUAUUACAUAUUUUAAAGACAAGAAGAGAAGAGAAGUGGAUGGACCGAGCAUUUACGCUUGGCUUUUCUGUGUGAUCGGUUUGCCUAGCAUUCUAUCGGUUGCAUGGCUACCUGAUAUUGGACCCAUACCGUUCCUUCGAGUCAUUGCACUGUUUAUCUUCAGGUCUAUGUUGGCAUUGAGGAUAGCGUCGGGGAUUGUGGUGACAGCGCACGUGAGUGAAGCGUUCUAUGCGUUGUGGCUUGCUAGGAGAGUGGAUCCGAGGAACGCAACAGCUUGGUUUUGGCGAACGCUGCUUCUCGCUACUUUCUCCCUUCGUUUACUUUGGAAAAGAAGAGGCAAGGAAGUGGAGCAAACAGCAAUAAGAGAAGGUCUUCUAACCGACUCAAUGUCAGUUUAGUAACUGAAGAUUCGUCAUGCAG